AUGGAGUUAACCGGAACGGGCAAGAGAAGAAGACGAUCAUAUUCUGAUGACGAGGAGGAUGAAGUCAUUCUGACAGUUGUUGAAAGCAAGAAGAAUGAGACAUUGGAAGAGGUGGUGCCACCAAUUGUUGCUGACAAUAGUCAUGAAAUUCACAGUAAAGAAGCUCCCAAGAGUAAACAACCAGUAAACGAUACGCUUUCAUUGAAUGAAGCACGAUUUAAAAGCCGCGAGUCUUACCUUCAAAAACGACAGCAGGAGAAGCUUCAACAACUUCGACAAGAAAUAAAUGAAUUGGAGAGCCAGAAACCAGCACUCACUCGACACCAACUUCAGGAACUUCAAAGGAAACAACGUAUUUUUGAGGCUAUAGAGUCCAAAAGAGAUAAAACUUCUGAGAAGAAUGAGUAUUAUAUACCCCAGGAUUAUGUCUCGGAACAUGGGGCUAUAGACAAGAAACGGAAACGUGAAUUAUUGAAGCCUACUUAUGCAUCAGCUCCUCCUAGUGAGAAUCGCCAAAGAUACGACAAUAAAUGGGAACAGGAUCAAUUGGUUAAGGGGAAAGACCAACUGAAUUUUGUUCCUUCAAUGGAUGAGAUGGCCGUGGUAAAUAAAGACAACUACGAGUAUGUGUUUGAUGAACUGCAAUUCAUUGAUUUUGACACAGAUGAAACGUUGGAGGGUGAUGAUAAUAUCAAUGACGAUAGUGUGCAAUUGAAGUUAAAUUCCAUCAAAGAAACCAAAGAGUCUUUACCUGUAUUCAAAUAUCGUACUGAAUUUCUUAAAGCUGUUGAGGAUAAUCAAGUGGUAAUAAUAGUGGGUGAAACAGGUUCAGGUAAAACGACCCAAUUGCCUCAAUAUCUUUAUGAAGCAGGCUAUUCCAAAGAUAAAAUCACCGGAAAGCCCAAAAUUAUUGCAUGUACUCAACCGAGAAGGGUGGCAGCUAUGUCUGUUGCCAAAAGAGUUGCCCAGGAAAUGGAUGUACCAUUGGGGAAGAAAGUAGGUUAUACUAUAAGAUUCGAGGAUAAUACAAACGAACAAACAAUUAUAAAAUAUAUGACAGAUGGUAUGCUUCUUCGUGAGUUUCUAACGAAUCCUGAGCUUGAUAAAUAUAGUUGUAUCAUGAUUGAUGAGGCACAUGAAAGAACAUUAUCAACAGAAAUUAUUUUAAGUUUAUUAAAAGAUAUUAUUCUACAUCGAAAGGAUUUGAAAUUGCUUAUUGCUUCUGCUACUAUCAAUGCUGAUAAGUUUUCUACUUUCUUCAAUGGUGCUCCCAUAUUUUCAAUUCCUGGAAGACGAUUCCCUGUUGAUAUUCAUUAUACAAAAAACCCAGAAGCAAAUUAUGUACAAGCAGCCAUAACCACUAUAUUCCAAAUCCAUACAACCCAAGAACUUCCUGGAGAUAUACUUGUAUUUUUAACUGGUCAAGAUGAGAUUGAACUUAUGGAACUGAGUCUACAAGAGGCGAUCUCCGAUUUAAAACUACAGAACCAAUUAUUGGUUAAUUCUAUCUAUGCUAAUUUACCAGCAGAACUUCAAGCAAGAAUAUUUGAACCAACUCCUCCCAAUUGUCGAAAGAUUAUUUUGGCUACUAACAUUGCAGAGACUUCUAUUACCAUUGAUGGGAUCAAAUUUGUAAUUGAUCCUGGUUAUGUCAAGCAGAAUGUGUAUAAUCCGGUUACAGGAAUGGAGAGUUUGGUUGUAGUUCCUUGUUCUAGAGCUUCUGCUAACCAAAGAGCUGGUAGAGCGGGGAGAUUAGGUCCAGGUAAGUGUUUUAGAAUGUACACCAAAUGGUCGUUCUAUAAUGAAUUGGACUUGAAUCCUGUACCAGAAAUUUUACGGGUUAACUUAACUGGUGUUGUUCUCUUAUUGCUUUCUUUAGGGGUCAAUGAUCUUCUUCAUUUUGAUUUCAUGGACCCUCCAUCCACAGAUUCCAUUAUCAAGUCAUUGGAGUUAUUGUACAGUCUAGGAGCAUUGAAUUCUAAGGGACAAUUGACUAAAACUGGAAGGAUUAUGGUUCUGUUCCCCCUAGAUGCCAUGUUUUCCAAAUCGCUAAUCACUAGUCUGAAAUUGGGCGUGUUGCAUGAUACCUUGUCGAUUCUCUCAAUGUUAAGUGAAAGUGGUAACCUAUUCUACCGUCCAAAAGAUAAGCGGGAACAAGCUGACAAAACUCGGGGAGCCUUCUCUGAGGAAAGUGGGGAUCACCUUACUCUAUUGAAUAUCUACGACACAUGGGUUAAUAACGGUUAUUCUGUUCAAUGGUGUGAAGAUAACUUUGUGCAAUACAAGACACUCAAACGAGUUCGAGAUAUUCGCAACCAAUUGUCUUCCUUAUGCGAUAAAGUGGGAUUCAAGGGGUCAUGCCAAAAGUGGGAAGGGAAAGCUGAUAAGAAUGAGGUAAUUCUUAGAGCAUUGGUUUCGGGAUUCUUUUCCAACGUGGUACGUUUAUCCAAAAUGGGGGAUUGCUAUAGAAAGUUAAAACGUAAUCAGCCAUUAUUCUUACACCCAUCUUCAUCCAUGCAUAAUGUGAAGCCUCCACCGAAGUUGUUAAUGUAUCAUGAAUUGGUAUUGACCAGUAAGGAGUUUAUGAGAAACGUCACCAGGGUAAAACCUGAAUGGGUGAAGGAAUUUGGACUGCAUUAUUUUAGUAGCAAGGACUUGGAGUUUAUGGAGCCUAUGAGGAAGUAA